CCUCACACCUCGGGGUAGAGCCUCCAAGUCAGGGACAAGACCAGCCCCCUUUAACGGCGGCGGCGACUUUCUGUGCCUGACCCGGAAGGCCCCGCCGUCACUCGCUCCGGGCGUCCGUUACUGAAGCCCAGGGGUCGAGUCCUUCGGGGCCGUUUGGCCAAUCAGAUCCCCCCUGAGAUCCUGAACAACCCCCAGCUGCAGGCAGCCAUCCAAGUCCUGCCUUCCAACUAUAACUUUGAGAUUCCCAAGACCAUCUGGAGGAUCCAAAAGGCCCAGGCCAAGAAGGUGGCCUUACAAAUGCCUGAAGGCCUCCUCCUCUUUGCCUGCACCAUUGUGGAUAUCUUGGAAAGGUUCACAGAGGCCGAAGUGAUGGUGAUGGGUGACGUGACCUAUGGCGCUUGCUGUGUGGAUGACUUUACUGCGAGGGCCCUGGGAGCUGACUUCCUGGUGCACUAUGGCCACAGCUGCCUGGUUCCCAUGGACACCUUGGCCCAAGACUUCCGGGUGCUGUACGUCUUUGUGGACAUCCGUAUAGACACUAGCCACCUACUGGACUCUAUCCGCCUCACCUUUCCCCCAGCGACUGCCCUUGCCCUCGUCAGCACCAUUCAGUUUGUAUCCACUUUGCAGGCAGCUGCCCAAGAGCUGAAAGCUGAGUAUCGUGUGAGUGUUCCACAGUGCAAGCCCCUGUCCCCUGGGGAGAUUCUGGGCUGCACGUCCCCUCGCCUACCCAAAGAAGUCGAGGCUGUUGUAUAUCUUGGAGAUGGCCGCUUCCAUCUGGAGUCUGUCAUGAUUGCCAACCCCAGUGUCCCUGCUUACCGAUAUGACCCAUACAGCAAAGUCCUGUCCAGAGAGCACUAUGAUCACCAGCGCAUGCAGGCCAACCGCCAAGAAGCCAUAGCCACUGCCCGCUCAGCUAAAUCCUGGGGCCUUAUCCUGGGCACUUUGGGCCGCCAGGGCAGUCCCAAAAUAUUGGAGCACCUGGAAUCUCGGCUCCAAGCCUUGGGACUUCCCUUCAUGAGGCUGCUGCUCUCUGAGAUCUUCCCCAGCAAGCUUAGCCUUUUUCCCGAGGUGGAUGUGUGGGUGCAGGUGGCUUGUCCACGCCUCUCCAUUGACUGGGGCACAGCCUUUCCCAAGCCGCUGCUCACACCCUAUGAGGCGGCGGUGGCCCUGAGGGACAUUUCCUGGCAGCAGCCCUAUCCCAUGGACUUCUACGCCGGCAGCUCCUUGGGGCCAUGGACGGUGAACCAUGGGCGGGACCGGCCGCUCCAAGCCCCGGGCCGGCGGGUGCUGGGGAAGGUGCAGGAGGGGCCCAGGCAUCCAUCUCCAGCCGCGGUUUGCGAGGCUUGCAGAUGCAUAGAAGAGGAGGUGGCGCCGCUCGCUCCCUGAGACGUUCGUGGGUCCCAGAGCGAGCGGGGCUUCCGCGAGAAGACUGGAGCGCUGCGGAAAGCCCUGCGGGGCCGCGCCGAACUCGUGUGCCUCAGCGGACCGCACUUGGUCGCAAACGCAGCGGGCGUGGAGGGCGCGGGGCCAGACUCCG